AUGCUGCCCAUUCUGCUGCUGCUCCUACAAGUCCUAAGUCCAACUCUGGCCUGGAUACCAGUGGAGGACUGGGAGUCUGGCAAUGUGACGUCAUCAGUGGGGGAUUCGGGUCAGUGUGUUUGUCAGGUUUAUCUACCUGACACCAACUUUCCUGCUGACCGGGUGCAGCACAUGCAAGAAGUUAGCAAGGAUCUGAUCCAGGAAGUGCGUCUUCAAAAGAACAAGAUCGAGUCUUAUGAAGUGAAGUUGGAGGCCUACUUGAAAGAACUGCAAGCGCUGAAAAUUCGAGUGUCCAAUCUUGGGUCCAGUGCUGAGGACUACAUCAAACUGGACUUCGAGCUGCUCAGGAUUGAGCUGAGAGAGCUUGAGUCUCUGGUGUCUCAGCUCAAAGAUGCCUUCAAUUCCUCCUCCCCCAUGUUCGACUCACUCCAUAUUGAGAUCCGCAACAUGACCCUCAUCGUGAACCAGCUGGAGUCCUAUGACAAGAGCAACCUUCUAGUGAUCCGCAUCGAGUUUGCCAAACUGCAAAAGAAGCUGGAGGAGUGCCAGAAGGAACAGGAGUUCCUGAAGCCAGAUAUUGGCAACUGCAAUCACACAGGAAUCAUGAGCAUCAGCAAGCCCAUGGUUGCACAGCUGAACUCUCAUUUGCAGCCAGGUUACAUAUAUGGCGGCUGGGGGAAGGACUCCAAACCUGCCAGAGGCUCUGAGUCAAUGUACUUCUACAGCGGAUACAAUGCUCUCUUAACACAUCAGUUCUAUUUCUACCCAGACUAUAAAAACCUGCUUCUGAUGAAGGCGUCGAGGUUGGUUGAAAUACCGACUACUUACAGAGGCUACGGUAACAAUUACAUUGUUCACGGUAACGCCAUUUAUUAUCAGAGACACAUACCUUUCAGUAUGGGCAAGUUCAAUCUGAGCAGCAACCAAUACGAUUCAAGGGUGAUCCCAACAGCCAGCGCAGACUUCUCCUAUAUUUACUCAAGCUACCAAAAUAUGGACUUUGCAGCCGAUGAAACCGGAUUGUGGGUAAUGUACGCCUCUGAUGAGAGCAAAGGUAAAAUAGUCAUCGCAAAGGUGAAUGAGAAAGGCUUUGGCAUCGAGACGGUGUGGAACACGGCCGCCUUUAAACAGAUAACCAGUAACGCCUUCAUGGCCUGUGGAGUCAUGUACGCCACCAGGUCUCUGGACCUGAACACCGAGGAGAUCUAUUAUGCCUUCGACACUAAGACCGGAGAGGAGAAACACAUUAAUGUUCCCUUUCAGAAGUUCCAGGAGACAUUUUCCAACCUGGACUACAACCCCACUGAUCAGCUACUCUACAUGUACAACAACGGUUACUACGUGUCCUACCAUGUCAAGUUUAACAUGGGAUGA